UGCUACUCUCAUGGCUGGAUUCGCCGUCCCAGAGGCCCUUGCUGUUGAAGGAGCGAUCUCCACUUCCUAUAUCAUCGAGGGUCUGUCCACUAUUCCAAGUGACACGGAUUUGACGGCACAAGCACACAAGGUUACGGUGGCAGUUGUCGACCUUGCCGCGGACCUAGAGUGGAUUACGGUCCCCAAAGAUACGCCUAGCGCCUUUUUACAGGCCAAAGUUAAGAACACGAGUCAGUACCUGUUCCUACCUGGGCGGGCUAAUAUCUUUUUGGACGACAACUUUGUAGCCAAGUCUUCAAUAGACCACGUCAGUCCCGGCGAAAGCUUCCACUGCUCUCUCGGCGUGGAUCCUCAAGUCAAACUGACAUAUCAUCCUCGUACGAAGAA